UUUAUUACGUGAGAUUUGUAUACUUAAAAAGCGUAUGCAUCGCUCGAAUACUACUACAACCAGAAAGUAGUUUUAAUUACCACGGCAUCCCUUAACAUAGUAAAUUAAUACAUGUGGGAAAAAAUGAAUUUUGUGAAAGAGAAGACCAAAAUAAGAUUGGAGAUAAGAGCCAAAAUAAGUGCAUAUUAUGAGAGUUUGUAAAAUAUUAAAAUAUUAUAAUAAAUGAAAAUCAAACUGGGAACAAAAUGAUUGGAUUAGAUGUAGACCACAACAAGGCUCUUGAUCAUAUUUUGCAAGCAGCUAACAAACAUCCUAAUUCACGUGUUUCGAAACUAAUACAUAGUGUGGAGGAGGAACGUUCUCAAAAAAAUAUUGUUCUUCUGCUAAUUGAGUUAGCUGAACACGCAGAGUAUGCCACUGAUUUCAGCAUAUCUCUCAAAUAUUAUCUAGAUUUAUUUGAGAAGUUGGGUAUAGAACGUGAAAUUGUUUUGAACGAAGCAGGCUUAUUGCUUUUGAAUUCUUCAAAAGUGUAUGCGCGGCGAGUGGAUUUUGUACAAGAAUUGGUGGAGCGACAAAUACUGACCUUAUCCAAUGCUGACAAGGAAAUUGUUGAAAACGGUGGUGGAGAACAACCCAAGAAAUCGGAGGAAAAACCUAAACGUACUSGCAAACGACUGGUCGCAACUGUUGAAGACCCCUUUGAGGUGGAAUUAGUUCCGAGAAAAUUUCGAAAACUAACUGAAGAAAAGCGAUUUGUUAGUGGCCGGAGUCAGGAAAAACAGAAGAUGGUUGCAUCAAGAUUCUAUAAAAUAGAUUCUGAACAAUAUAUACAUCCAGCUGCAUGGACGCAUGCUUGUAUUGUGGAUCUGGAAAAUGAAGAAGAUAUUGAUUCGAAGCGAAAUUACAAGCUCUUUACAUAUCACGUGGAGCACCGUUAUAAUACACUGGUCACAGACAUUAAUUUUAGAAUGCACUUCAAAGUAAAAGAUUAUAUAGAUGAGGAGGAAGAACGGCUGGAAAGAAAUGAUGAUUCUAGCAAUAAUUCUGCAAACAUUCUAAAAGAUUGGCCCCCUCUUUCGGAAGAGUAUGUUAAAAAAUAUUUAGAUUUAGAGAAUAAAGCCUUAGCGGUCGGAGAAGUUAAAGAUACAUGCAAAAAGCUAAGAAUAGAUCGAGAGGACGAUAAUAUAGUGAUUAUUCCUGAAUCAGUACAAAACCACGAAGUAUGUAAUGAGUCUAACKUAGAAUGCAAUCAAUCAGGACAAAACACAACAGAGUGUAACUCUAGUUCCAUUCAGUGUGAAUCAGGUGUUGGUAAUAGUAUAAACGAGUCAAACGUUGAUCUAAGUACAAAAUCGAUUGAAACUACUGUUAAUGAACCAAGUGAAGCUACCAUAAACAGUGAUAUUGAUUUAAGUGUUCAAAACAUAAUAGACGAAAACUCAUGUUUAAAUCUAGCCCACAAUUUGAAUUCGACCGAAAAAUCAAUUUUAGAAUUAAAUGUCGAAUGUGAAAGUACAUUUGAGGCUUCAGGUAUUAGUCCACAAAAUCAACAGGACUAUUUUAAUUCAGCAAAAAAUACCUUAGCAGAGAGAACUGAAAAUGACACUGGUUUAGGUGCAGGCAUAACAAACGAAAGUCGGAAUGGGAAUGAUAUUGAAAUUCUAAAUAAGAACACCAAUAUAUUAUCUUCGGAAAAUGCUGAAUCUAAUUCAAACAAUUUUGAGUACAUGACUGAAAAUAAAGUUGGCAACAACGAAAACGAAAUCAACUUGAAUAAAAUACGUGUUUACCUUCCACACCUAGACGAUGAGGGCGUUUACUUUUCGGAUUUGGAUGACCAGGAGCACCGUAUGUUAUCGCCCAGAGUAGUUACUACUGAUGUAUUCCCCUGUAUACCAAAUAAAAAAAGUAUAACUAUCAUAAUUGAUGAUGAAAUAAGGAGCAUUUUAAAUAUAGCAGACGAAGAACCACCUCCCACUUACACAAUGCCUAUUCAAGUACGACCUUCCACACCUCCAAUAAAUCUAAAUAUAUUUAAAUUUCAUGAAAAACUACUUAGACGUCGAAUAUUAUUUAAGCUUGGACCCGAAAUGGAACUUUUUCUACAAUCGCAUUCAAUGAAAAAAUCGACUUGCAUGGAUGCAAAUGAACAAAGACAAUACCGACCAAUGAAACUGUUCAAUGAAUCUCAAGAAGUCAAUGUUCGUAAACCUACUAUCGAAACUGAUAAUGACAUACUUAGUGAUGGUGAAGAUGUGGAGGAUUUCYUGGGAUUCACUGAGGAGGAACAGUUAAAUAAAAAUUUGCAUAGAUUGAGCAGAGAUUCAGGUGUUGACGCAGACGUGGCAUUAACCACAAACGUGUGUGAAGUGAACAUCACUUGUGACGACCUAAACAAUAUAUCACGGUCUAAAGAACUAAUAUCUACAAGUAAAGAAGCUGUUGAUAUAGAACAUGCGAAACAGAUACCUGAUAGUCAGAAUGGUUUUAUCCAAGAUAUUACCUGUCAAGCUAAAAUAUCAACUUCAGAAAGUCAAAAUUCGACCAAUGAAUUAACUUCCGAUAUUCAUAUUUCUGCGAACAAUACUAUCCAAUAUGAGAAUGAAGCCUCCUCCCAUUUGUUAUUUGAGGACGUUAUUUUAUGCACAGACAACGUUCAAGAACUUGAAAAUAGCAGGACAAAGAUACAAAAAUGGCAUGAGUAUUUGCAACCUAUUUUAUCAAAGGCACGAGAUCGUCAUCAUUUCGAUGUUUUUCAAUUAGGGACGGAAAUUAUGAACGAGUUGCAGAAGCCUGAAGUUUCCAAAGAUCAUAUUAAGGACUCGUCUAUAACAUUCCAAGAUAUGAUGGCCAAUAAGGCUGAAAGUUAUGUAUCGCGUUACUUUCUAUCGACUUUGUUAUUGGCAAAUCAAAAUAACAUAAAAAUCGAUGUGUUCGAAAAAUGUUCUGAAAAGCCUUCAGCGUGGAGCGAUAUAAAAUUGAGUUUGUUAAACACAAAGCGUCAUACUGUAGCCAUUGAAGAUAAUAUUGGAAUAAUUUACUCAAAAAAAUCGAAUAAGAGUAACAUAUCGAGCCAUAAUUUAAAAGAACCGUUUGUUGUUAUAUCUGGAGGCCAAUGUAAUGAAAGGAUGAAUGAAAAUGGCACAGUUAGCAAUGAUAUAGUGGAAGUUGACUUGAAUGUUGUCCGACCCUUGAAACAAAUUGAGAAACAGCCAAAUAUUAAUGAUGAUUAUGAUUCUGGAAUCUUCUCAUCAGAAGAGUGUUCUUCAUGACACUUGAAUAAGUCUGGUUCACCUUUACUGGCUACUGUGUAGCGCUAGUGUUACUGGUCCAUUGAUUAAUUCGAAUAUCCUAAAGUAUUUUGUUCUUAAAAACGCAAUAACAAAAUAUCUUCUUUUCAAAAAAAUAGUUCUUACUUUAGUUAUAAACAAUUGUACUCUACAUUCUGUAGUACAAAUGUGCAAUAAAUUUGAGUUUAACGUAUAGUAUAGUAUAUAUAAGUGUAACAAAUAAGUAUGACAUUUAAAAUGUUURAAACAUAUUUUUCUGUUUGAAAGAUAUAUUUUUACUAAUGCAAAAUAUCUGAUCUUGCAGCAACCUUACUUUUUUAUAUAAUUUGUUUCAAAAAUUAACCUUCAAAACCUUUUUUGUUUUCAUAUUUCACUCAAUGAUUUUUUAUUAUAUGUAUAUUUUUGGCAAUAUAUUAAAUUCGAUAAAUGCAAUUAAAAACAUUGUACCUGAAUCCUCAAAUAAAAUUGAGGAAGGUAGGUUUAGUAAUAAGGCAAGAUAUUUUUAUAAAAGCUGACCAACUAAAUAUUAAAUAUAUUAUAUAGUUGAAUCUAAUAACUGUAUAAUUUUAAUAACAGAUGGGCUCUAGGAUAAAAUCUUACAAAUAUUGUUUAGGCAUACUUUUGAAAUCAGAUUUGUAGAUAUGGAUCCAUAUAGUACGUAGAAAUUACAAUAAGAUUUUGAUAUACACAAACAGUUAUAAAG